CUGUGUUUGUGUGUCUGUCUGUCUGUCUGUGUGUCUGUCUGUCUGCGUGUGUAUCCCUGUAUCCCUGCGCCAGGCACCACCCCCCGCGUCCUGGCGGAGCGGCGGCCAAGAUGGCGGUGGCAGCUGAGGCAGGGGCGCUGUGAGCUGCUCCGCCAGCGGUGUCCUGCCGCGCCGGGCGAGGCGAGGCCACGCCGCUCCUCCGCUGCCCGCAGGCGGAACGCCCGUCCGGGCAGCCCAGACCACGCGAGUGGCGACCGGCGGUGGAGGAGAAGCCAGGCCGGGUGACCCCCUCGGCGCGGGUUAAAAAUAAAGCUUGGCUCAUGCCCUAACACAGCAGUGAAAACUAGGUGGAAAAAUUAAAUCUCUACAAGAUUGUUUUUCUUCUGCAUCUGUAACAGUACUUCAUAGAUUGUUUCUUUUAGAUUGCUUUUAUUGAUCGCUUGCCAUGGCAACAGGAGGUGGUCCCUUUGAAGAAGGCAUGAAUGAUCAGGACUUGCCCAGCUGGAGCAAUGAGAGCCUUGAUGACCGGCUGAACAACACGGACUGGGGAAGUCAACAGAAGAAAGCAAACAGAUCUUCAGAAAAAAACAAGAAAAAACUUAGUGGGGAAGCUGAAACAAGGCUUACUAAUGAUAUAUCUCCAGAAUCCUCACCUGGAAUGGGACGACGGAAGACCAGAACUCCUCAUAGUUUUCCUCAUGCUCGGUACAUGACCCAGAUGUCUGUUCCAGAGCAGGCUGAACUAGAAAGGCUUAAACAAAGAAUAAACUUCAGUGAUCUGGAUCAGAGAAGCAUUGGAAGUGACUCUCAAGGCAGGGCAACGGCUGCUAACAACAAACGUCAACUUAAUGAAAGCAAAAAACCAUUCAACUUCCUGUCAAUGCAGAUUAACACUAACAAAAGCAAAGAUCCUGCCUCAGGUUCCCAGAAGAAGGAAAGUGAGGUUUCAGCGCAGUGUAAAGAGUUGUUUGGAGCUGCUCUGAGCAAAGAUUUCUUGCAAAAUUGUCAAGUCUCUACUCAAGAAGAUGGAAGAGGAGAACAAAUGAUGGAUAGUAGCCAGAUUGUGAGCAGACUAGUUCAAAUUCGCGACUAUAUUGCUAAGGCCAGCUCCAUGCGGGAUGAUCUUGUAGAGAAAAAUGAAAGAUCGGCCAAUGUUGAGCGUUUAUCACACCUUAUAGAUGACCUUAAAGAGCAGGAGAAAUCCUAUCUGAAAUUUUUGCAAAAGAUACUUGCUAGAGAAAAUGAGGAGGAUGAUGUUCGGACUAUAGAUUCAGCUGUGGGAUCUGGUUCUGUAGGUGAGAGCACAUCGCUAAACAUUGAUGUGCAGUCUGAGGCUUCAGAUACCACGGAGGUAUCUUUUAGCUUGAGCAUUCGGCCCCGCAUUGAGGACAAACUAGGGAAUUCAGCUUCACAGGAACAGGUUACAGACAUUGAUGUUACAACAAGCCCUAAAGGGAAAAGUGACAGAGCUGCUCUGAAUGACAGGGAAAUCUGGCCCUGUGGGAUUAAUAGCCAGGAACAUGGAUUGCUUUCAAAGGCCAGAGAUCCUCAACAGGAAGCUAAAGAGGAGUUGGAGAACUUGAAAAAGCAGCAUGAUUUAUUGAAAAGGAUGCUACAACAGCAGGAGCAGUUGAAGGCUCUUCAAGGGAGACAGGCAGCUCUUCUUGCUUUGCAGCAUAAAGCAGAGCAAGCCAUUGCUGUCCUGGAUGAUUCUGUUGUAACAGAGACUACAGGUAGUGUUUCAGGAGUAAGCCUUACAUCAGAACUGAAUGAAGAAUUGAAUGACUUAAUUCAGCGCUUUCACAACCAACUUCACGAUUCUCAGACACAAUCUGUGCCAGAUAAUAGAAGGCAAGCAGAAAGUCUUUCACUUACCAGAGAGAUUUCACAAAGCAGAAACUCUUCGGUGUCUGAACACCAGUCAGAUGAGAAGGCACAGCUUUUUAACAAGAUGCGAAUGUUGCAGGGUAAAAAGCAAAAAAUGGACAAACUGUUGGGAGAACUUCAUACUCUUCGUGACCAACAUCUAAAUAACUCCUCCUUUUUUCCUGCUUCAGGUUCUCCUCAAAGGAGUAUUGAUCAAAGAAGUACAACUUCAGCUGCUUCUGGUCCUGUAGGCAUAGUAACUGUUGUCAAUGGAGAACCAAAUAGCCUGGCAUCUGCUCCCUAUCCUCCUGAUUCCCUGGUUUCUCAAAAUGAGAGUGAAGAGGAUGACAAUCUAAAUCCAACAGAAAAGCUUCAGAAGCUAAAUGAGGUUCGUAAGAGGCUGAAUGAGUUACGUGAGUUAGUUCACUACUAUGAGCAAACAUCUGAUAUGAUGACAGAUGCUGUAAAUGAAAACACUAAGGAGGAGGAAGAAACAGAAGAAUCAGAAAGUGAUUCAGAACAUGAGGAUCCACAGCCUGUUACAAAUAUUAGGUCAAACCCUCAAGGAAUCAGUAGUUGGAGUGAAAUAAAUAGCAACUCAAAUGUACAGUGUGGAACUAAUAACAGAGAUGGAAGACAUCUUAAUACAGACUGUGAAAUAAACAACCGAUCUGCUGCUAAUAUAAGGACUCUAAAGAUGUCUUCUGCUCUAGACUGUCGUAAUAGGGAGAAUGACAAAGACCUUGAUUUACCCCAAGGUGAAGAUGAUGAAGUGGAAGAAGACAGAGUUAGUGAAGAUUCUGUGUCUAGUCACAGAAGCAGCCUGGGUGACGCUGCUGGAGACGCUGAGUUUGAGCAGAAGAUCAAUAGGCUUAUAGCUGCAAAACAGAAACUUAGACGGUUACAAAACCUUGCUGCUAUGGUGCAGGAUGAUGAUUCAGAAGCUCAAGGAACAAUUGCAAAUGCAUCUAAUAUUGGUGACUUGUUGGGUGAGAUGGAAGAGACAAAGCAACAACCAAACAAUGUCCGACCUAGUACCAACAAGUUAAAAAAAGAUGUACGGCUAAAUGAAAAAGCAAGAGAGAAGUUUUAUGAAGCUAAACUUCAGCAGCAGCAACGGGAGCUUAAGCAGCUACAAGAAGAAAGAAGAAAACUAAUUGAAAUUCAAGAAAAAAUUCAAGUGUUACAGAAAGCUUGUCCUGACCUUCAAUUGUCAGCUGGCCUGGGUAAGUGCCCAGCAAAUAGACAGACUUCACAAGCAACAUUGACUCCAGCCAUGAAUGAGUUUAACACAGCUGGCAAGCCUUUAUGUGAUCAGUCUGUAACAGUAGGCAAUGAGUUAUGGUCUGAGAUGAGAAGACAUGAGAUUUUAAGAGAAGAAUUGCGACAGAGAAGAAAGCAACUUGAAGCUUUAAUGGCUGAAGAUCAGAGGAGGAGAGAGCUCGCAGAAACAAUAUCUACUGUAGCUGCAUCUGUUAAAAGUGAAGGAUCAGAAGCUCAGUGUACUCCACAGCAGAAUAAGACAGAAAAGACAAUGGCUACCUGGGGAGGUUCUACUCAGUGUGCACUAGAGGAAGAGAAUGGAGAUGAAGACGGUUAUGUCUCUGAUGGAGUUGGUCAGGCAGAAGAAGAGGAAGAAGAUGCAUCAAGUUUGAAUGACAGCUUCUCUAUUUAUCCCAAUAACAACAUACCAGAAAAUGCCUAUUUUGUUAAAGAAAACAAGGACAGGUGGAAAAACUGCCGUCCUCUUUCAGCAGAUGGGAAUUACCGUCCAGUGUCUAAGGCCAGGCAACACCAAAACAUAAGUAUGCGGCGUCAGGAGAACCUUCGGUGGAUAUCUGAACUUUCUUAUGUGGAAGAAAAGGAACAAUGGCAAGAGCAGAUCAAUCAGUUGAAGAAACAGCAUGAAUUUAGUGUCAGCAUUUGUCAAACUUUGAUGCAGGAUCAGCAGACCCUCUCUUGCCUUCUACAGACAUUGCUUACAGGCCCAUACAGUAUGAUGCCAAAUAAUGUUGCAUCUUCACAAGUACAUCUUAUUAUGCAUCAAUUAAACCAGUGUUACACUCAGCUGACUUGGCAGCAGAAUAAUGUCCAAAGGCUGAAACAAAUGUUAAAUGAUCUUAUGCGCCAGCAAGAACAACAGUGUCAAGAGAAGCCAUCAAGAAAGGAGAGAGGCAGUAGUGCACCACCACCUCCAUCUCCUGUUUUCUGUCCAUUCAACUUUCCUCCCCAACCUAUGAACCUCAUCAAUGUUCCAGGAUUUACUAAUUUUUCUUCCUUUGCUCCAGGUAUUAACUAUAAUCCAGUGUUCCCUUCUGGUUUUGGAGAUUUUGCACACAAUAUUUCCCCACACAGCAGUGAUCAGCAGGAGCAACAACAUCCUCUAGAUAAUAAUGCUUCUGGUAAAACUGAGUAUAUGGCAUUCCCCAAACCUUUUGAAAGCAGUUCUUCUAAUGGAGCAGAAAACCAAAGAAGGAGUCAUAGACAACCUGAAGAGGAAAUGGAAAAAAGAUCAACUUGGCUUAAUGAUAGCCAGGAAAUGAAAAAAGAUGAUCAGUUUCAGCUGAGAGCAGGUUUUGCAGUUUCAGUACAAAAUGUUGCUUCUGGUCACAAAAAUCAGUCUGAUAUGAGCCAGAGAAGAGAGUUCGAUGAAGAGUCUUUGGAGAGUUUUAGUAGCAUGCCUGAUCCAGUAGACCCAACGACUGUGACAAAAACAUUUAGGUCUAGAAAAGCAUCAGCACAAGCAAGCUUGGCAUCAAAAGAUAAAACGCCCAAAUCAAAGAAUAAGAGGAAGAGUUCUUCUCAGCUAAAAGGCAGAAUUAAAAAUACUGGUUAUGAAAGUGCAAGUGCUUCUAGUGUGUGUGAACCCUGCAAGAGCACUAAAAGCAGGCAAUCUGAUGAGGUGGUUCAUGCAAAGGUGUUCAGCAAAAGGAAUCGGGAACAGCUGGAAAAAAUAAUUAAAUACAGUAGAUCUACAGAAAUGUCUUCAGCGCAUGCUAGGAGAAUUCUGCAGCAGUCUAACAGAAAUGCAUGCAUUGAAGUGCCAGAAACUGGUAGUGAUCUUUCUAUGUUUGAAGCUUUGCGAGACACAAUUUAUUCUGAAGUGGCAACUCUUAUUUCACAAAAUGAGUCUCGUCCCCACUUUCUUAUUGAACUUUUCCAUGAGCUUCAGCUGCUAAAUACAGAUUAUCUGAGGCAAAGGGCUCUGUAUGCUUUACAGGAUAUAGUAACCAGACAUUUAUCAGAGAACAAUGAAAAAGGGAAGUGCGCAAAAUCACUGAAUUCUGCAACAUGGAUAGCAUCAAAUUCUGAACUCACUCCCAGUGAAAGCCUCGCCUCUACAGAUGAUGAAACUUUCGGCAAGAACUUUCCUACAGAAGCAUGUCAAGAUUGUGAAAAAAAUGAUGCAGACAAUGGGAGUACUAUGUCUACAUCUUCAAAUUUUGAACCCUUUGCCACUGAUGACCUUGGGAACACAGUGAUUCACUUAGAUAAAGCUUUGUCUUGGAUGAGGGAAUAUGAGCGUAUGAAAAUUGAAGCUGAAAGUACCCUUGACUCUGAGGGCUGCUCUAGUAAUUUUCAGGGUGCUUCUACUGCUAAAUUAGAAGGUCCAGGUACCGGUGAAUGUCAGCCUGUGCCACAGUCAAGUGAAGUUUCUGCUGUUCCAUGUCCUCGUAUAGAUACUCAGCAGCUUGACCGGCAGAUUAAAGCAAUUAUGAAAGAGGUUAUUCCUUUUCUGAAGGAACACAUGGAUGAAGUAUGUUCUUCUCAAUUACUGACAUCAGUAAGACGUAUGGUCUUGACUCUUACACAACAAAACGAUGAAAGUAAAGAAUUUGUGAAGUUCUUUCAUAAGCAGCUUGGCAGUAUACUUCAGGAUUCACUGGCGAAAUUUGCUGGUAGAAAAUUAAAAGACUGUGGGGAGGAUCUUCUUGUGGAGAUCUCUGAAGUGUUAUUUAAUGAAUUAGCCUUUUUUAAACUUAUGCAAGACUUGGACAACAACAGUAUUUCUGUAAAGCAGAGAUGUAAACGAAAAAUAGAAACUACUGAAGCGAUACAGUCUUAUGCUAAAGAGGCAAAAAAAGGUCUCCAGGUGGAUGUUUGUUCGUCUGCUGAAGAUGUCGAUGAGGACAAAGACAAGGAUGAGACUGAAAUGGUUAAACAAGUACAGGACUCAGAAAUGUGUGCUGGUAAUGGAGUUCCUGAAAGCAAUAGGUCUGAUGCGUCUGAUCAAGAGGAAGAUGAGGAAAGUGAUAGUGGUCCAGUGGCAAUAAGUUUAUCAAAAGCAGAAACCCAAGCUCUGACUAACUAUGGCAGUGGAGAAGAUGAGAAUGAAGACGAAGAAAUUGAAUUUGAGGAAGGACCUGUUGAUGUGCAGACAUCACUACAAGCCAGCAGUGAAACAACAACUGAAAAUGAACAGAAUUCAAACCAAGAAUUGAGUAAGGCAAAAAGCAGUGAGAUUUUGUCAUCAGAACAAGAAUCUGUUAAUAUUAAAGGUGAACAAGAUGUGGCUACAAUUGUGCCUCAUUACCUCAACGUCAAGGAGAAUACACCACCUUUAACAAUCAAUACCCCAGAAUCUUUUGUAGCAGCCACUGUGAAAACAGAAGAAUCAAACUCAUCUUUACCAGUAAAUGAAACACAAACAUUAGAUACCACAUGUGCAGAAAACAAAUCUGGUGCAAGUUCUGAAAGCUCCAUGGCUGGCAGCCCUGAUACAGAGUCGCCUGUGCUAGUGAAUGAAUAUGAAGCUGGUUCUGGAAAUGUAAGUCAAAAAUCUGAUGAAGAUGACUUUGUGAAGGUUGAAGAUUUGCCCCUCAAACUUGCUGUAUAUUCAGAGGCAGAUUUAAUGAAAAAAAUGGAAACAGAAGCACAAACCAACAGUUUGUCUGAUGAAUUACUGGAUGGAGGUGGAGCUCGAGAUCAAGAAUUAGUAGGAGAUGCCCAAACUUUGAAAGAACCUGAAACUCUUGGAACUCAAAAUGCAUGAGAAUAACCUGAAGAUAUCUGCAUUUAUAAACUCCAUGUAUACAAAUGCAUACAGAAGAUCAGCACUAAUUUCCCAGAAUUCUGGAAGUGUAUAAAAAUGUAAAAUUUUUGACACACUGCCUCUUAGGAUAGGUAUGUGAACUUCUGCCUGUGGCAGUUUAAACAGCUGGAACUGAAUUCACUUCUAUUCAGUUUUGCUGCACUGUUCUUUUUCUGUCUUAAUUUUUUAUUUUUUAUUGUGACUUGUUUAGUAAUUUUAAAAUUGUUCAAAAUAGUAGUUUUAAAUAAAGUUUGGACUUGUCUGU